AUGCACUCAAUUUGUUCAGAACUCACUGAAAAGAGAGCUGGAAAUGCAAGGAGAGAUGUAAUCGGAACUCCGGAGUCAAUUACGUUGCGAUCUCGACGGUGCUGCGAUAUUGCGGAGAGGAAGGAGGGGAAUGGAUUGGUGCGGCAGUGUAUCAAAGCAAGGACAUUAUCACCUGAAAUGAUCACCACCCUAAAAAACAAGGCCAUGAUCAAGUGCUCAACUUUUGAGGCCAUAGUGGCCCACCUGUGGAAAUCAAGGACAAGGGCUGUCUUUGAAGACCCAUGUGGGGUUUCAUCAGUACUCUUUGUUGUGGACAUUAAGAGCAAGAUAACUCCACCCUUGCCACAUGGGUUUGUUGGGAUUGCUGUUGUAACAGCUUGUGCAAGUGCAAAGGUGGUGGAUUUGAAGGAGUCUUUAGGGUUUUGUGUUGAGAAGGUGAAGGAAGCAAUAGAGAUGGUGAUAGAUAAGUAUGUGAAAUCAGUAGUGGAUUAG